UGCCACCUGUCAGUGUCCAUCAGUGCCACAUCAAUGCCACAUAUCAGUGCCCAUCUGAGCUGCCUUUCAGUGUCACCCAUCAGUGCCAGUCAGUGCCACCUAUCAGUGCUGCCAAUCAGUGCCACCUAUCAGUGCCAGUCAGUGCCGCCUAUCAGUGCCAGUCAGUGCCGCCUAUCAGUGCCCGUCAUGCCACCGAACAGUGCCAGUCAGUGCCGCCUAUCAGUGCCGCCUAUCAGUGCCAUAUAUGAGUGCUGCCUUUCAGUGCCCAUCAGUGAUGCCUGUCAAUGCCUAUCAGUGCCACCUACCAGUGUCUCCUCAUCAGUGCCCAUCAGUGCCACCUAUCAGUGUCCAUCAGUGCAGCCUAUCAGUGCCCAUCACUGCAGCCUCAUUAGCGCACAUCAGUGA